AUGGGGAGGGGCAGGGUGCUGCCUGGGAUAGGAGGGGUGUGGUCUGACAUCUCCUUGCUUCAUCUUCACAGAAUCCCCCUGAAAAAGUUCACCUCCAUCCGCCGGACCAUGACGGAAGCGGGAGGCCCCGUGGAAGACCUGAUCUUUCGGGGUCCCAUCACCAAGUACUCCCUGCAGUCACCCGGGGAGGCCAAGGAGACCAAGGGCCCCGUCCCAGAGAUACUCAAGAACUACAUGGACGCCCAGUACUAUGGUGAGAUUGGCAUCGGGACGCCCCCGCAGUGCUUCACGGUCGUGUUCGACACCGGCUCCUCCAACCUGUGGGUCCCCUCUGUCCACUGCCACAUGUUCGACUUGGCCUGCUGGAUCCAUCGCAAGUACAACAGUGCCAAGUCCAACACCUAUGUGAAGAACGGCACGACCUUCGACAUCCACUACGGCUCCGGCAGCCUCUCGGGGUACCUGAGCCAGGACACCGUGUCGGUGCCCUGCAAGUCCUCGUCCACUGCCAGCAUCCAGGUGGAGAGGCAGGUCUUCGGCGAAGCCACCAGCCAGCCUGGCAUCACCUUUAUCGCAGCCAAGUUCGAUGGCAUCCUGGGCAUGGGCUACCCCUACAUCUCUGUCAAAAACGUGCUGCCGGUCUUCGACAACCUGAUGGAGCAGAAACUCGUUGACAAAAACAUCUUCUCCUUCUACCUGAACAGGAACCCCAGCGGGCAGCCCGGAGGGGAGCUGAUGCUCGGGGGCACGGACUCCAAGUACUACCAGGGCGACUUGUCCUACCUGAAUGUCACCCGCAAGGCCUACUGGCAGGUGCACAUGGACCAGUUGUCUGUGGGCGAGGAGCUGACCCUGUGCCAGGGGGGCUGUGAGGCCAUUGUGGACACGGGCACCUCCCUCCUGGUGGGCCCGGUGGAGGAGGUGAAGGCGCUGCAGAAGGCCAUUGGCGCGGUGCCCCUGAUCCAGGGCGAGUACAUCGUCCCCUGUGAGAAGGUGUCCAGCCUGCCCUCCGUCACCCUGAACCUCGGGGGCAAAGACUACACGCUGACUGCCGAUGACUACAUUCUCAAGGUGUCCCAGGCCGGGAAGAGCAUCUGCCUGAGCGGCUUCAUGGGCAUGGACAUCCCUCCACCCAGCGGGCCGCUCUGGAUCCUGGGUGACGUCUUCAUCGGCAGCUACUACACGGUGUUCGACCGCGACAGCAACAGAGUGGGCUUUGCCAAAGCCACCCGGCUCUAGCCGGCGCGACCACGGUCCAGUGGGAGGGGCUGGCCAGGCCUUGUCCUGUGCUUCCCCUCCCCACUCACACGCGUGCGCGUACACACACACACACACACACACACACUCGCUGCCUGUUCCCCCACCCCGGGAGGCAGGGCUGAGCUGGUCUCCUUGUCCUGUUCUGUGGUUUGCCCUCCUGGGCCUCAGAUGCGCUGCUUGUCUGUCUGUCUGGGGUGGGGCGGAGGCCAGUCCAGCACCCUGAUCCGUUUCACUGCCUUAGAAGACUUGGCCCAGGCUUGGCAGCUGCUGGGUUUAAGCAUCCCCGGACCCCCCCCCCCCCCCCCCAGCCCUGCCACCCUUGGACACAAGGUCCUCCGCACCCGGUGGCAGCAGUCCUCAGGAACCUGCGCUGCCCAGCCUGGGGCAGCGGCCUGGACCGUGCCUCCCACCCCCACCCAUCCAAGGAUCCUGGCCACUGAGCCUCAAGUGGAGCAGGAAGGAGCAAGGGGACAAAGCGGGGCCACCCAGCGCGUGCCCUGGCCUGUGGAAAGGGCUGGAAGCGGGGCCUGGCUGGCGCUCUGUGGCUGCACUCCUCCCAGCGGCCAAGAACCAAAGCCCACGGGCAAAUACAGUUGUUUGGGCCUCU